AUGUGCAACGUUUGUGGCAAGCUAUUCAGACGGAAUACAUACCGUAUUCAGCAUGAAAAAAUCCACACGCAAGAGAAGCCUUAUGAGUGUCAUGAAUGUGGAAAAGCCUUUGGCCAUAGUUCAAAUCUCAUUCAGCAUCAAAGAAUUCACACCGAGGAGAAACUCUAUGAAUGCGGUGAGUGUGGGAAGGCCUUCCGGCGCAGCUCACACCUCAUCCAGCAUCAGAUCAUCCACACGGGGGAGAUGCCUUACAUGUGUAAUGAGUGCGGAAAAGCUUUCGGUCGGAGCUCAAGUCUCCUUCGACAUCAGAGAAUCCACACUAGGGAGAAGCCCUAUGAAUGUACCGAAUGUGGGAAGGCUUUCAGUCAGAGCUCAAAUCUAACAGAACAUCAGCGAGUUCACACCAGAGAGAGACCAUAUGAAUGCAGCGACUGUGGGAAAGCUUACAGUCGUAACUCACACCUCAUCGAACAUCAGAGAGUCCAUACAGGGGAGACUCCUUAUGACUGUAAUGAGUGUGGGAAAUCUUUCAGUAGGAGUUCACUGCUUAUCAAACAUCAUAGAAUUCACACUGGAGAAAGACCCUAUGAGUGUAGUGAAUGUGGGAAGGCCUUUAGUCGGAACUCCCACCUUAUUCAGCACCAGAAGACUCACAGUGGGGUAAAACCUUCUAAAUGUAAAGAAUGUGGGAAAACCUUCAAGUACAGUUCAUACCUUAUUGAUCACCUGGGAAUCCAUUCACGAGAGAAACUGUGA